AGCUUCAGCUUGUAGUAGGUAACUGCACUGAGUGACUUGCGACAAGGCGUAGCUCAUGGAAAUCGCCCUAUCGAAUUAGAGAAUCUCUCCGACUUUACCAUUUCUCCCCAACUUUGCCAUUCGUGUUUGAUACUCCCACGUUACUCCCACGCUGCCGACCUUCCAAAUUAGCCUCCCUUAACAACAUCCUGAAUAUCAGCAUACACAACUGAACCCGAAGUAUCGACGGCAACAGCCCGGUCACGCUAUGGCCGACUUCAAGCUGUCCGCGCAGCUUGUCGGUCAUGAUGCUGAUGUUCGACAUGUCUGCUUUCCCUCUCCCGAACUUAUUCUCUCCGCCGCUAGGGACUGUACCGUUCGUGCGUGGAAACGCACCGGUACGUCGCCUCCAACGUUCGAAUCCACCAUAGCCACCCAAGGAUCCGAGUUCUACAAUAGCCUAACCUAUUUACCCCCCUCGUCCGACCACCCCGACGGCUUAGUCGUGUCUGCCGGCACCGAUACUAUUAUUGAUGUUAGAAGGGCCACCUCGACGGCCUCGGAUAACGCCGAACGUCUCCUUAUCGGCCACGCCCGGAACGUUUGUGCCCUGGCCGUUGUUCCCGGUGGUCGGUAUAUCGUGUCGGGCAGCUGGGAUAAGACUGCGAGAAUAUGGAGUGUGGAUAAAUGGGAGACGGAAGCUAUCCUGGCUGGACACGAGGAGGCGGUGUGGGAUGUCCUUCCCCUAGACGACACUAUCGUCGUGACGGCUUCUGCUGACAAGAACAUUCGCAUCUACGACCUCAGGACUGUUGUAGCCGGCCAGGUCGAGCCUCGAUCCACCAUCUACACCUCUGACGUCAUCCGAGCUCUAUGUCGGGUUCCCAGCGGGCAUCCGAGCGGCGCCGAUUUUGCUAGUGCCAGCAACGAUGGGGUCAUCCGCCUAUGGAAGCUGAGUGGCCAGAAGGUUGGAGAGCUCCAUGGCCAUGAAAGCUUCAUAUAUGCCCUCGACACGCUGCCCUCUGGCGAGCUAGUCAGUUCGGGAGAAGAUCGAACGGUCCGCGUAUGGAGGGGUACCGAGUGUGUCCAGACCAUUACUCAUCCUGCCAUCUCGGUCUGGACUGUGUCUGUGUGUUCGGUAGAUGGAGACAUCGUGACGGGUGCCAGCGACGGUGUCAUCCGCGUGUUUUCCCGUGAUCCAGAGCGCCUAGCCAGCCCCGAUACUCUAGCGCACUUUGACGAAUCCGUCAAGAGUUCGUCGAUACCACAGCAGCAAGUGGGUGGGGUAAACAAGGAGAAGCUUCCAGGCCCCGAAUUUCUAAAGAACAAAUCGGGGACCAAGGAGGGACAAGUGCAGAUGAUAAGAGAGGAAAACGGUUCCGUGACGGCUCACCAAUGGUCGAUGAGCCAACAGCAGUGGGUCAACGUCGGUACCGUGGUCGACGCAGUGGGCAGCAGUGGGCGCAAGGUUGAGUAUAACGGCCAGUCUUAUGACUACGUCUUCGACGUCGCCAUCGAAGAGGGUCAACCUUCCCUGAAACUACCAUACAAUCUAUCCGAGAAUCCCUACACCCGAGCCCAGAAAUUUAUUGACGACAAUGAGCUUCCGCAAAACUUCUUAGACCAGGUCGCCCAGUUCAUCAUCACAAACACGGAAGGGGCUACAAUCGGACAAGACUCUGGGGGUUCAGGGGGGGCCGAUCCAUACGGGACGGAGUCGCGAUAUCGGCCAGGUGAUGACCCUAGCUCUUCUAAAGCCCGGUCUCUGCCGCAGCGCGAGUAUCUCGAUAUCACGGCUGCGAAAUACGAACCUAUAUUUAAGAAGAUUCUCAGUGUCAACUCUUCUCUCGAAGCCGCGGGGCGCAAAGACCAUUCCCUAAAUCCACCGGCGCAGGAAGUAUUACUUGGGUUAAGGCAGAGGCUAGAAGCGAACCAGCCGGUAGUGGAUAGCGCCUCCAUCAGCUUAGUCGUCAUGAUGUGUACGCAAUGGGACUACUCGGAUAGGCUAGCCCCUCUCGACCUUUUCAGAUGCGUCGCAACGUCGCCCGCUGUAGCCAAGUUCAGAUCGGCCAACCUCGGCAGUCCGGUACAGAUAGCCAUCUCCGCCGCGCUCGAGGGCAUCCCGCCUGGCGCACAACCUAACGAAAACUGUGCUAUGAUGGCGGCCCGAACGAUUGCCAAUCUUUUCAGAUCUACCGAAGGUCGAAGAUUACUCGCACAGCAUUCGGAAAGCCUCCAAAUUGCAUCAUUCGUCGACCGGGUAUUAGGUAUCGGUGGCCAACCUGCGAUCGGCCCGUACAACCGUAACCUAUUGAUCGCCUUGACGACGACCAUUGUGAAUCUCGCCGUUCUCGCAUCGAGAGAGCCAGGAAGCGUCCCGGCCAACGUUCAGGUCCGCCUGUUAACUGCGCUUGCUCGGAUCCUCCAAACGCAGACGGAAGGAGAAGUUAUAUUCCGAGCGUUGGUGGCUGCAGGUACCCUUAUUACCGUGAUUGGUAAGACUGCUCCUGAAGCGAAGAGCUUGUCAUCGCCCAUAGCGUCGAGUAAAGAACGCAUCUCCGAACCACGUGUGAAAGAGCUAGCCGAUGAGUGCCUAUCACUUCUUAGAUAGCCGCAAUCGAAGGUAAUAGCAUUAACUCAAGCAGAGCGUCCCCCUUCCGAAUAACCAUCCUCGCCAAGCCUUUUUAAUCUUUCAACUGGUUGUUGACAUUGAUGCCAAUCCUCUUCUGCAUCAUCAGGAGCCGGUGUUGAGCAUCUCGCAGUAAUAAUCCCUUGAGGAAUUGGUAUGGUUUUACUGCUUUCGGCGCCAUCAGAAUUACUCGAAUAGACAGACUCAUACCAUGUGAAAUUUUAAGAGGAACUAGCUGCAGUAAUAUAGACGGCCUCGAAAUUUCGUCUAAGUCACAGGAUUAUGAUAGUUCGUUCAAUUGCAUGAGUUCUCACCACGUAUAUAAGGUGUGUUUUAUAAGACUAUCCUACCCUAUAUGAACAUUGGUCCACCCGUAUCGACCACACCCGAC